CUCUUCCUUCUUCUUAGAUCUUACCGUCUGCUACCAAUGUUUGUCGCCGCGACCUACCCCGCAGUCGGAUCGUUUUGUCUCCCACGAUCCCUCCGGCGUACGCCUCGGUUCAGGAUGGCCGUUCGAUCUAGCGCGAUCUCCGUCGGCCCAUUACUCACCAAGUUAAAGCACGACUGUGCAACUCCCUUGCCUGUCCUCCACCACGUGGCGAACGCCAUGGCUGCCGAUAUGCGCUCUGGGCUUGCGAUUGACGGUGGCAGUGAUCUCAAGAUGAUACUCAGCUAUGUUGACAGUCUCCCAACUGGGAAUGAGAAAGGGUUGUUCUAUGCGCUGGAUCUUGGUGGAACAAACUUUCGGGUGCUGAGGGUUCAGUUAGGUGGGAAGGAAGAUGGUGUGAUCGCAACCGAGUCCGAGCAAGUAUCAAUUCCUCAAGAUCUCAUGUUUGGUACCUCUGAGGAGCUUUUCAAUUUUAUUGCUUCUGGGUUGGGAAAAUUUGCUCAAAGGGAGGGUGGGAAGUUUAGCAUGCAAUCUGGAAGGAAAAGAGAAAUUGGAUUCACAUUUUCUUUCCCCGUGAGGCAGACGUCUAUAGAUUCUGGCAUACUAAUCAAGUGGACCAAGGGGUUUGCGGUCUCUGGAACGGCCGGAAGAGAUGUAGUGGCUUGUUUGAAUGAGGCAAUGGAAAGGCAAGGACUGGAGAUGCAAGUAUCUGCCCUGGUUAAUGAUGCAGUCGGGACGUUAGCUGGAGCAAGGUACUGGGAUGAUGAUGUCAUGGUUGCCGUCAUUUUGGGUACUGGAACGAAUGCUUGCUAUAUUGAAUGGAUGGAUGCUAUUCCUAAGCUUCAGAGUCAUGUGUCUUCUUCGGGAAGAACGAUUAUAAAUACUGAGUGGGGAGCGUUCUCAAAAGGUCUUCCUUUAACUGUUUUUGAUAGAGAUAUGGAUGCUGCAACUAUUAAUCCUGGUGAGCAGAUCUUUGAGAAGACAAUCUCUGGAAUGUAUCUUGGUGAAAUUGUAAGAAGAGUGCUACUGAAGAUGGCUGAAGAAGGAGCUCUGUUUGGUGAUUCUUCUCCAGAAAAACUGUCCACACCGUUUGUACUCCGGACCCCAGAUGUUUGUGCUAUGCAGCAGGAUGACUCUGAUGAUCUUAAAGUUGUUGGCUCAAUUCUCCAUGAUUUAGCUUCGGUCGAGAGCAACAUAAGUGCAAGGAAGAUUGUCGUGGAGGUUUGCGACACUAUAGUGAAGAGAGGUGGCCGCUUAGCUGGUGCAGGAAUUGUGGGAAUCCUGCAAAAGAUGGAGGAGGAUUCAAAAGGUCUGAUAUUUGGGAAGAGGACAGUGGUGGCUAUGGAUGGAGGCUUGUAUGAACAUUACCCCCAGUAUAGAAGAUACCUGCAGGAUGCGGUUACAGAGCUUCUAGGGUCGGAAUUAUCAAAGAAUGUGGUUAUAGAACACACUAAAGAUGGGUCUGGUAUAGGAGCUGCUCUCUUGGCAGCAGCCAACUCGAUGUACGGUCACGACUUGUAGGAAACUAGUAACAUCCUGAUCACACCAAGCAAUAUGUUGCCGCGCAAUUUAUCUUCAAGUCAGAAAGCAGAGAAUUUUGGUUUUGUAUUGUAAUUUGAUUUGGCAUUGGUUUAAGAAUAAGAGCAAAGAACACGAUGCUAGCCGAUAAAUUACGCUUCCAGAUUGUAGUUUAGCCGUGAUCUGUGGAACUUAUGUGCGCCGUCGAAAUAUAUGGUGAAAUUUUGUGUAUUUUUUAAUGCAGGAAACAUUAUCUAUCAAUUCAACAAUUAUGGUCAA